UACAAUGUGCUCAUUCUGCUAAACAGUUUAGAGAGAGAAAAAAAUAAUCGUAUAUCUGUUUGUUUUCGUUGUUCCUCUUGAGCUUGUGUCUAUGUAUAAUUGGUAGAGGAAUUGUUCAAAUAAUUCGCAUUCCAUAGGAUACAAUAAUUAUACGGUGUAGGAUUAAUUGUUUUAUAAAUGCGAAGUGUGAAUGUUUCUGCUUUUCUAGUCGUUACUAUGUGAUGGGUUGCACCACAAAUAAUGACCCAAUUGUUUCAAUGGAUAGUUUGCUCCGUAGGUAUAAUUUGACAGUCUCCAAAUAAAUGAUCGUAGUAGAUAUGCCCAUUUGCUAAUGAUAAAUAUUGCAUUGUAUAUGUCCACAAUUUGCCACCAUUUUUUGUUAUUUUUAGAAUAUUAAGAGGGCACAGUAUUCAGGCAGGUCGUGUCAUUCUUUCUCUUACAAAGAAAACAAUUAUAUUUCCUUUUAUCCUGACAUUCGUACGAUAAACUAAGCUAGGUUGGUAACGCUUUCGCUUUAAAUUGAAGUUUUGAGGAUAAAAAUGUCUUAAAUAUAUAUUAAGAUAUACAUUAAUAUAUAAUUAAAAGCAAGGUGCCCAAUUUGUAAGAAUUUAGCCUUUAGCAAAAGCUGCCGAAAACUUUUUGUAUUAAAUAAGCUGUGAAAGGAAACUUAGCACUGUGAAAUUGAUCGGUAGAUGUCCUUGUUUCAGAGAGGAAAAUAAUGGACUGUAUACGUGGUAAGAAUGACUAUUUGGUUUCUGGGUUCAUUAAAUAGGGCAAUUUUCACUAAAUGCACAAGUAAAGACGUAGCUAGAGCCGCGUUUAAAUUGUAAAACGUUCUUCAUGAUAUUUAUUACAACAAACCUAGAAAUAGUGGUCUUGCACAAAGCUGAUGUUUUGAUUAGGUGGAUGACUAUUUGUAAAGUGCGCUGCCUUUUGUUAGAUAAUGUACAGCAUUUACUAAUCGAACCAACGCAAAAUGCUGUGCAAAAACAUUAUUUCCACGUAAACUGGGCACAAAACGACGUUUAUAUACCAAUCGAAAAGGGGUCCCUGUUUAGGAUGUAAUAUGUAAUAAAGUAAAUUGGAAAAAUUUAAACGCAUCUUCAAUAUACGUGACAUGAGUUUUAAGAACGCGAAAAUUGGCUUGAGAGUUUAAGUGCGGGGUGGCUUCGAAAUUUCCGCAGAUACACGGUGAACUCUAACAUUGUGAGCUAUGCAGACAAAAUAAAAAUUUAAAACGGCGUAACAGAUUAAAAGAAUUAGCAUUUUGAUGCUGUACGAUACCGUUUCUCCCCUGAACUAAUCAGCGAUGGUACCCGAAGCGUACGAAAAUCACAGAAUACAUAACUAAAAUUAAAUCUAAUUUUAAAAAUUUCAAAACAAGCCAGUUACAAGAAAACGUCGAGUCCUAUCUGUACCACCAUCAGCUCUAUCUUAAGAAAACCCAACAUCUCUGGUGGGUUAAAUAAAUGUACUGCUGUGCGACGUAGAUUUUUUUUGAAAGAUGCUCUUCCCAUUGGUUUAUGUGAUUUAUUCUACGAAAUGUAAUGGUUAAGUUUGAAAUGUGUGGUAGCCUUAAUUCGACCCGAGGCCGAUUUUCCCGUUCAUCACAACCACAGUCGCAUAGCCUCUGUCUCCAGAGGGUGGCGCGCAAGGACAACCCAAAGCCAGUGCUGGGAGCCGCCGGCGCGCCCCCGUGCGCGCCACCCUCUUUCUUUCUUCCUCGCAACCUUCCAAUUUGUAGCCACAGUGCACGGAUUUACCUCUAGAGGUCAUCAGCGAGAAUUUACGACUGGACAACAAAAGCACGUGAUUUCAAGUCGUACCCCAUAUUUGGGUGCCUACGUAGGAGGGAACGAAGUACAUGUCCCAGUCAUUUCCAUAAUUCAUCAUAAAUUGUGCAGGGUGCUAGACGCACAAACGACCAAGAGCCACAAAUCAAGUAAAAAAUAAAUAAAUAAAAAAAUCAAAUGAGCUCUUACUUUGUAAACUCAUUCUGCGGUCGCUAUCCAAAUGGCCCGGACUACCAGUUACAUAAUUAUGGAGAUCAUAGCUCGGUGAGCGAGCAAUACAGGGAUUCUGCAACGAUGCAUUCCAGCAGGUACGGCUACGGUUACAAUGGGAUGGAUCUCAGCAUUAGUCGUCCAGCAUCUAACCACUUUAAUGCCAGUGAAAGAUCUCGAAGCUACUCUGCAGCAGCAGCAACAACAGCAGCAGCAGGAGCAGGACCAGAAGCAGGGGCAGACACCAGGUACAACCAACCUGCCACGUCCACUCAGUCUCCUUCACCUGACCCUCUGCCCUGCUCCGCCGUGGUCAGUCCGCCUGCCAGUGACAACCACCCCGGAAUCAAAAACUCCAUAGCAAGCCCAACUACCUCCUCAAAUUCCAGCAGCAGCAGCAGUCAAAUCAGUAGAGAUGGGGUUGGCACGUCGCCUGGUACUGAGGAUGACACCCCGGCAAGCAGCGACCCUCCAAGUUCACAGAACGGGCAAGGCACAGCACAGCAGCAGCCUCAGAUUUACCCCUGGAUGCGAAAACUGCACAUAAGUCACGACAGUAUGGGAGGACCAGAAGGUAAAAGGGCCAGAACCGCUUAUACCCGAUACCAAACGCUGGAGCUGGAGAAAGAAUUCCACUUCAAUAGAUAUCUGACCCGGAGACGACGGAUAGAAAUUGCACAUGCUCUUUGCCUAACCGAGAGACAGAUUAAGAUCUGGUUCCAAAACAGGAGGAUGAAAUGGAAAAAAGAUAACAAGUUAAAAAGCAUGAGCAUGGCCGCUGCAGGAGGCGGAUAUCGCCCUUGAUCAAUAGAAGCACUGGCCACUAGCUGACCAAUUAGCAUAAUGUCAAUACAGUACUGACUUCCAAAACUCUUUUCCCGUGUUACUUCUAUGAAGAAAAGCAUUUCCAUGUUGCCGUAUUCCAAUCUUUGCAUCGUUAGUCUGCUUUCUGGUCGUACUGUUGCCUGUACAAGUCAUUGCUUACAGUAUAUUGUCUAGGAAUAGGAUAGCCUUGUGAAUUAUAGCUGUUUUAACUUAUUUAUAUUAAUACAAGCGGUAUUACUUGAAGUAACUGUAUAAAAUCGUCUAGUAAAAUGUAAUUAUGUGUUGCACUCUGCAAAAAAAGUGUAUGUAUGUGUUAGUGUUGCUAAAUGUCAAAAUAGCUCCAAGCUUGCAAUACGAAUUUAAUUUCAGACCAUCGUCCUCUGUAUUUGAUAUCGUAGUGUUAAAUCACUGAGAUGCUACCUAUUCUGUGUUAUUAGUGAGCAGUGAAUUUUGUGAAGGGUAUUGCGACUUUGAACUGUAUGUCUAUGCUGUGCCUUUGUAUGACUUUGCACGAAUUCCAAUAAGUGGCUCUUAGCGCAGCGUCGGUGUAUGUUUUUUUGUGACAAAGGAUAACUAUAAAGCCUAAAAGACUGGCAGUUUAAGAAAUUAGUGAUGAGCUUUUGUAUUUGUUUUUAAAACUGACUGGAAGUUAAAAUAAAGUUUCUAUAGUAACUUUCCUGCUCUUUAGACUCCCAGAUAAGUAUUUCUCUUGCGUUUGUUGUCUUGUGAAUUAAAAUGUUUCCACUACAAACGCUUAACAUAGUUUUUGUCCAAAAAAAAGUAAAAGUUUGGCAUAAUUUUUAUAACUUUGCUCUAGAUGAAAAUAUUGCAGAUUGGUUAACCACAGGGUUUCAAGUUGCGCAAACUUGUAAAGACGGGUCUCUAACAAAUGCAUUUCGAAAUUUAUGAUUAUUGCAAAUGGCGGAAUUCGGUAGGAAUUAGUUCAGUGAAUAUUUGAACGUGGUGCUAUAUUGUAAUUUGGUGUUUUUACGCAUUUCGGAGUGAAUACGUACGCCUCUUGAAUCCCAGUCCUUGCGCUCUGAAUUUUGCGCACCGUUUCCUUCUCCUGCUAAAACGCCAAUUUCCUUGCUGCCUCCAUUGCUGUUCUUGCAAUUGAACAAACCCUUUUCAUAGACCUGAUUUCUCUGAAACUCUAUAGUGUGGGUCUGAGGAAAGAUUGCACCCUGAAGCAUUCCAACCACUUUUGUUCCGCAGGUAGGCGUUAAGCCCACGAUCUCUCAACUCCCCCAUUCUAAAGUGUAGCGUAAACCUCUUCCAACAGGUAUUUUCACUUUACAGAG